AAUAUGCAAAAAGACACCGAGCGAGCGAGGAUGUUUGGUUUCGUUGUAAAAAGUUACAUUGCCUAAUCAGAUCGAACAACGACAGAUCUCUACAGCGCUGGGUUUCUUCUUCUUCUUCUUCUUCGUGCUACGGGACAGCGAAAGAUUGGGUUUGCGACUAUGUUGGGUUCGGAAUCGAACUUGGAAGCUCAGUAAUUGUCAUUGCUCCAACAAAAAUGAAGGCUGGGAGUGCUGCGAAGCUCAUCGUCGAUGCUCUGCUACAGCGCUUCCUCCCACUCGCCAGGCGUCGCAUCGAAACUGCUCAGGCACAGUUCAAAAUUGUAUCUGGAUAUGCGUGACGGUGAAAUGUAGAUUCCAAUUGUAUUUUUUGUUGGUAUACAAAGCAGCCCAACACAUGGAACUGGGAUUACAGGCGAAUCAUUUUUACCCGAAAACGAGCCAAGGUGUCUACAGACUGCUGCAUCCAGGAGGGGGGAGAAAUUCAACGGAUUCACUUCUCUUAGGCCGUGUUUGGUUCAAGGACUUGGGAAGGGAUUUGGAAAGGAAAAGGGAAAAGCUUCUUGCCUUGGCCUGCGGAAUAAACAGGAUGGACAAUACCUUCGACCAUCGGACCCCGCCUAUGAACAAGUAUUGGAUUCCUUAGCUAUGGUGGCACGGCAUACUCCCGUACCACUCCUGGAAGCUCUUCUUAGAUGGAGAGAAAGUGAAUCCCCAAAGGGUGCAAAUGAUGCAUCUACAUUUCAGAGAAAGCUUGCAGUGGAGUGCAUUUUUUGCUCAGCAUGUAUUCGAUUUGUGGAGUGCUGCCCACAAGAAGGACUAACAGAGAAGCUGUGGGUUGGGCUUGAAAAUUUUGUAUUUGACUGGCUAAUAAAUGCUGACAGGGUUGUUAGCCAAGUCGAUUAUCCUUCAUUGGUUGAUUUGCGGGGCCUACUUCUGGACCUUGUUGCACAACUCCUAGGUGCUUUGUCUCGAAUCAGGUUUAGUCCUGUGACUGAACGUUUUUUCAUGGAACUCAAUACUCGUCGGAUUGAUACUAGUGUUGCUCGAAGUGAAACACUUAGUAUAAUUAAUGGAAUGCGCUAUCUGAAACUUGGGGUUAAGACUGAGGGUGGACUGAAUGCAUCAGCUUCUUUUGUGGCAAAAGCAAACCCUCUUAAUCGUGCUCCCCAUAAAAGAAAAAGUGAACUUCAUCAUGCUCUAUGCAAUAUGCUUUCACAUAUUCUAGCACCACUAGCAGAUGGUGGAAAAGGCCAAUGGCCUCCUUCUGGAGUAGAACCUGCACUUACCUUUUGGUACGAAGCCCUUGCACGAAUAAGAGGGCAGCUUAUGCAUUGGAUGGACAAACAGAGCAAACAUAUAGCUGUUGGUUAUCCUUUGGUGACUCUUCUUCUCUGUCUUGGUGAUCCUAAUGUUUUCCUCAGUAACUUUGGCUCACACAUGGAGCAGCUCUACAAGCAUCUUAAAGACAAGAACCACCGUUUUAUGGCCUUGGACUGUCUUCAUCGGGUUUUGAGGUUUUACUUGACUGUUCAUGGGGAUUCCCAGCCACCAAAUCGGGUAUGGGACUACCUAGACAGUGUGACCUCACAACUCCUAAACAUUCUUAGGAAGGGAAUGCUAACUCAGGAUGUUCAACAUGACAAAAUUGUUGAAUUUUGUGCGACUAUAGCAGAACAUAAUCUUGAUUUUGCCAUGAACCAUAUGAUAUUGGAAUUGCUGAAGCAAGAUAGUCCAAGUGAAGCUAAGGUUAUUGGUCUUCGUGCCUUGCUUGCCAUUGUUAUGUCUCCUUCCAGCCAGCAUGUUGGCCUAGAAAUUCUUCAUGGUCAUAAUAUUGGCCACUACAUUCCAAAAGUAAAGGCUGCAAUUGAGUUGAUUCUAAGGUCUUGUCACAGAAUCUAUAGUCAAGCUCUUCUUACUUCUUCAAGGACCACAAUAGUAAAUGAAUUGCAUGCUUCUCUAGAUGCCGUAACCAAGGAAAAGUCACAAGGAUAUCUUUUCCGGUCAGUUCUGAAGUGCAUACCAUAUCUAAUUGAAGAAGUUGGCCGAAGUGAUAAAAUCACUGAAAUAAUACCUCAGCAUGGCAUUAGUAUUGAUCCUGGUGUUCGUGAGGAGGCAGUACAGGUACUGAAUCGGAUAGUGAGAUACCUUCCACAUCGCCGUUUUGCAGUUAUGAGAGGAAUGGCCAACUUCAUCCUACGGCUUCCUGAUGAGUUCCCUCUUCUCAUUCAAACUUCAUUGGGACGCCUGUUAGAACUAAUGCGUUUUUGGAGAGCUUGUCUACCUGAUGAUAGGAUAGACUAUGAUGCACAAGAGGCAAAGCGUGUGCAGAGGAGUGAUGGAUUCAAGAAGUCUUCUUUCCGUCAAUCAGGAGAAGCAAUUGAGUUUCGUGCUUCGGAGAUAGAUGCAGUUGGCCUUAUAUUCCUUAGUUCUGUUGAUAGUCAGAUCAGGCAUACAGCAUUGGAGUUACUGCGCUGUGUUCGUGCUUUAAGAAAUGAUAUACGGGAACUUGCAAUGUAUGAGAGAUCAGACUUGAAGAAUGAGGCUGAACCAAUAUUUAUAAUUGAUGUUUUAGAAGAGAACGGGGAUGACAUUGUUCAGAGCUGCUAUUGGGAUUCUGGGCGUCCAUUUGAUUUGAGGCGAGAGUCCGAGGCAGUACCGCCAGAUGUGACGCUUCAAUCUAUUUUAUUUGAGAGCCCUGAUAAGAACAGAUGGGCUCGAUGUCUUAGUGAACUAGUCAAAUAUGCUGCUGACCUUUGCCCGAGCUCUGUUCAGGAAGCAAAGUUAGAGGUCAUUCAGCGUCUUGCUCAUAUCACACCUUUCGAGUUGGGCGGAAAAGCUCAUCAGUCGCAGGAUAUAGACAAUAAACUAGAUCAGUGGCUUAUGUAUGCAAUGUUUGCAUGCUCAUGUCCACCAGAUAGUAGGGAAACUGGUGGUUUAUCAGCAUCCAAAGAUCUCUUCCAUCUUAUUUUCCCGUCACUAAAAUCUGGAUCUGAAGCCCAUAUACAUGCUGCCACCAUGGCUCUUGGUCACUCACAUCUUGAGGUAUGCGAAAUCAUGUUCAGUGGGCUUGCAACUUUCAUUGACGAGGUUUCUCUGGAAACUGAGGGAAAACCAAAGUGGAAGAGUCAAAAGGCUCGUCGUGAAGAACUUCGUACCCACAUUGCUAAUAUAUACCGCACUGUUGCUGAGAAUAUCUGGCCAGGCAUGCUAGGGCGCAAGCCAGUUUUCCGCGUUCAUUAUUUAAAGUUCAUUGAAGAAACAAACAAACAAAUCUUAACUGCACCUGUGGAGAUCUUUCAAGAAAUGCAACCUCUCCGUUAUGCACUAGCUUCUGUUCUAAGAUCAUUAGCCCCUGAAUUUGUCGAGUCGAAAUCUGAGAAGUUUGACCUUAGAACCAGAAAACGACUGUUUGAUCUUCUUCUCUCCUGGUGUGAUGACACAGGUAGUACAUGGAGUCAGGAUGGUUCUAGCGAUUACCGACGUGAAGUUGAACGUUACAAGUCCACUCAGCAUGUUCGGUCAAAGGAUUCUAUAGAUAAAUUUACAUUUGAUAAAGAGGUGAACGAACAAAUCGAGGCAAUCCAGUGGGCCUCGAUGAACGCUAUGGCUUCACUAUUGUAUGGUCCUUGCUUCGAUGACAAUGCAAGAAAAAUGAGCGGCCGAGUAAUAUCGUGGAUUAAUAGUCUAUUUAUUGAGCCUGCACCAAGGGCUCCGUUUGGUUAUUCUCCGGCAGAUCCAAGAACACCAUCGUACUCCAAAUAUGCAGGAGAUGGUGGGCGUGGAGCUACUGGACGUGAUAGGCACAGGGCUGGCCAUCUUCGCGUGUCCCUUGCAAAACUGGCCUUAAAGAAUCUCCUCCUUACAAAUUUGGAUCUGUUUCCUGCUUGCAUUGAUCAGUGCUACUAUUCUGAUGCUGCUAUAGCUGAUGGCUACUUCAGUGUACUUGCUGAGGUCUACAUGCGCCAAGAGAUUCCGAAAUGUGAAAUUCAGAGAUUGUUGAGCCUGAUCCUCUACAAGGUUGUGGACCCAUCUAGACAAAUACGCGAUGAUGCUCUUCAGAUGCUCGAAACACUUUCAGUCCGUGAAUGGGCUGAGGAUGGUAUCGAAGGCUCGGGAAGUUAUCGAGCCGCUGUUGUUGGCAACCUCCCUGACUCCUACCAACAGUUCCAAUACAAACUCUCCUGCAAGCUCGCCAAAGAUCAUCCUGAUUUGAGCCAGCUACUUUGUGAGGAGAUCAUGCAGAGGCAACUUGAUGCUGUUGAUAUAAUUGCACAGCAUCAAGUUCUAACAUGCAUGGCUCCUUGGAUUGAGAAUCUCAAUUUCUGGAAGCUCAAGGAUUCGGGUUGGAGUGAUAGAUUAUUGAAAAGUCUCUAUUAUGUAACGUGGCGACACGGUGACCAAUUCCCCGAUGAAAUCGAGAAGCUUUGGAGCACAAUUGCUAGCAAACCUAGAAACAUUAGUCCAGUUCUGGAUUUCUUGAUCACAAAAGGGAUUGAAGAUUGUGAUUCUAAUGCAUCUGCUGAAAUUAGUGGUGCAUUCGCUACAUACUUUUCAGUUGCUAAACGUGUCAGUUUAUAUUUGGCUCGCAUUUGCCCACAGCGUACAAUUGAUCACCUGGUUUACCAAUUAGCUCAGCAGAUGCUUGAGGAAAGCGUGGAACAUGUUAGGCCCGGUGCAAAUAAAGAUGGAAAUUUCGUGUUGGAAUUCUCUCAGGGGCCUGCAGUGACCCAAAUUGCUUCUGUUGUGGACACCCAACCCCAUAUGUCUCCAUUACUUGUGCGGGGAUCUCUUGACGGUCCACUCAGGAACAGUGGGAGUUUGAGCUGGAGAACAGCAGGUGUUGGGGGCCGAAGUGCUUCGGGUCCACUGAGUCCAAUGCCUCCCGAGUUGAACAUCAUUCCUGUAAGUGCUGGCCGGUCAGGCCAGCUCCUUCCAGCUUUGGUAAACAUGUCAGGGCCAUUAAUGGGGGUACGGAGUUCAACGGGAAGCUUGCGUAGUCGCCAUAUGUCUCGAGACAGUGGAGACUACCUCAUCGACACUCCAAACUCCGGUGAAGAUGGGUUGCAUUCUGGGGUUGGAAUGCACGGUGUUAGUGCUAAAGAACUUCAAUCAGCGUUACAAGGGCAUCAACAACACUCACUGACUCAUGCAGACAUAGCAUUGAUUCUACUUGCAGAAAUUGCAUAUGAAAAUGAUGAGGAUUUUCGGGAGCACCUGCCUUUACUGUUUCACGUCACGUUUGUCUCGAUGGAUAGUUCGGAAGAUAUUGUGCUGGAGCACUGCCAGCACUUGCUUGUUAAUCUUUUAUAUUCGCUUGCAGGUCGGCACUUGGAGUUGUAUGAGGUUGAAAAUAGCGAUGGAGAGAACAAGCAACAGGUUGUGAGUCUGAUCAAUUAUGUUCAGUCCAAGCGAGGUAGCAUGAUGUGGGAGAAUGAGGACCCCACGGUUGUAAGACCCGAGCUCCCAAGUGCAGCGCUCUUGUCUGCCCUAGUUCAGAGCAUGGUCGAUGCCAUUUUUUUCCAAGGAGACCUCCGGGAAACUUGGGGUACUGAGGCACUCAAAUGGGCUAUGGAGUGCACUUCGAGACACCUUGCGUGCCGAUCACACCAGAUUUACCGUGCACUGCGGCCAUGUGUUACAAGCGAUGCAUGCGUUUCACUUCUUCGUUGCCUCCACAGGUGUUUGGGAAAUCCAGUACCUGCAGUUUUGGGAUUCAUUAUGGAAAUUCUAUUGACCUUACAAGUGAUGGUGGAGAAUAUGGAGCCUGAAAAAGUAAUACUCUACCCCCAACUUUUCUGGGGGUGUGUAGCAAUGAUGCACACCGACUUCGUUCAUGUUUACUGCCAGGUGCUAGAGCUAUUUUCUCUUGUGAUUGAUCGUUUAUCGUUCCGGGACCGAACAACUGAAAACGUACUCCUUUCUAGUAUGCCACGAGAUGAGCUCGACUUGAGUGUCAGUGACAGUGCUGAUUUUCAACGGAUGGAAUCGAGGAAUCUCUGUGAGCCAUCACCUUCCGGUAGGAAGGUGCCGACCUUUGAAGGCGUACAGCCUCUUGUGCUUAAAGGACUCAUGUCGACCGUUAGUCAUGGUGUCUCUAUUGAGGUUCUCUCACGGAUCACUGUUCACUCUUGCGAUUCAAUUUUUGGGGUUGCAGAGACACGGCUCUUGAUGCACAUCACAGGAUUACUUCCCUGGCUCUGCUUGCAGCUCAGCCACGAUGUAGUAGUGGGCCCCACUUCACCGCUUCAACAGCAGCACCAAAAAGCUUGCUCUGUCGCAGCCAACCUCUCAAUUUGGUGUCGAGCAAAAUCACUGGACGAACUAGCCACGGUUUUUAUGGCGUACUCUCACGGUGAAAUCAAGAGUAUUGACAACUUGCUUGCAUGUGUGUCACCUCUGUUAUGCAACGAGUGGUUUCCGAAGCACUCUGCACUGGCUUUUGGGCACUUGCUACGACUUCUGGAGAAAGGGCCGGUCGAAUAUCAGCGGGUGAUACUUCUCAUGCUCAAGGCAUUGCUCCAACACACUCCCAUGGAUGCUGCUCAGAGCCCACAUAUGUAUGCAAUUGUGUCUCAGCUUGUUGAGAGCACUUUGUGCUGGGAAGCACUUAGUGUUUUGGAAGCCCUUUUGCAAAGCUGUGGGUCUAUAACCGGGUCACACCCGCACGAUCCAGGUUUCUUUGAGAAUGGGCCGGGUGGGACAGAUGAGAAGGUUCUUGUUCCUCAGACCUCGUUUAAGGCUAGGAGUGGACCCUUACAGUUUGCAAUGGGACCCGGGUUCGGACCAGGUUCAGCACCAGUUGUUCAUGGCAGUGCAACGGAAUCUGGGAUGUCUGCUAGAGAGUUAGCUUUGCAGAACACCAGCCUAAUCCUUGGGCGGGUCCUCGACAGCUGCGCACUUGGGAGGAGGAGAGAUUACAGGAGGUUGGUGCCUUUUGUGACCACAAUUGGAAACCCAUAGUUGUAUUCAGCGCGUAAUUUUAGACUUUCGAUACUGAUAUAUUAGCUAAUAUAUGAUCUGGAUUUUUAAAACAUGGGUGCUUCCUUAUAUUUUUUUCUUGCACAUUUAUUUUGGUGGAUGGAAUGCCUAGGGUUUGGGGGCUCGUUUGUAAAUAGAGAUCAUAGCCUAGUGGCUGUUUUGGCAUGUUUUUAUAUUAAUCAAGUUUUAGAACUUGGAACACC